AGUCUGGGAACCACUUGACACCCUUUGCGUACUCUGCAUCCACAGCUCCUGUGUUAAACUUUAAGCCUAACCUGUUUUAAUUUAAUACAUUCUAGGUCUGGGCCGUUAUAUAAGCUGUGGUCAGAGAGGAGAAGGACUUGUGUCAACACAACUGUCAGCGCUAAUCUUCACUGCAGGCUACAGUGUCUGAUAUCAACAGGCCCUCGAGACACGUCCCGUUCACACCGCGCGGUAACCACGGGAGAGUGAUGGUGCUCCCGAGCAGUCCUAGGAGCGGAAUUACAAUUGCUCAGCUGCCAUUCAAACACGCAGAGGCUCCACGGAGAGGAGGAGACGGAGAGGACGCCUCCGUGCAUCCAUCCAUUCAUCAAUCCGCUCAGUAGUCGCUCUCCGCCGCCUGGACCUCCCGCGAGCCCCUACCAGCCUGAGCGGAGGCGCGAGACAACACCACGAGCUUCGGCAGCGGCGGCGGCCGUGAACAACGGUCGCACGCGCAUACCGGUGAGAGGGGGGCAGCUGGGAAGGACGCUCAGCGUGGAGAGAAAAGAGAGCCCGUCUGUCAGUGUUAUUCCCCGGUGUGGAUGUGGAGAGACAGAGGGAGGGAGAGGACCACCGCUAAACUCUGCUUUACAGCCCCAGACUGAACGCAUUUUACCGAGGGUCCCCCCUGGUUGCUGAUCUGAAGCUCUGGUCCUCAUCUCGUGCUGGAGUAGACAGCCACCCCCCCACCCCCCACCCCCUCCCCCUCAGUGAAGAGCACCAUGACCCAGGAGGGGCAGGCUCUGCCCUCUCCCAACCCACCAGAGAGCCCAGUGGAGCCCAAUACAGCAACCAACACCAGCACCACCGCCGACCCACCCACAGAGACACACAGCCAGGCAGAGCAGGACAAGCAGGGGGCUGGGGCGAAGGACGAGAGAGAGGAGGGGAAACAACAAGAGGAGAUCAGAGAGGGAGAGGAGGUGGCACGGGGGGAGACACACAGGGAAGGAGAAGGGAAGGAAGAAGUAAAAGAUGAGGGAGGAGAGGGCGAGUUGAAAGAGGAGAGGGUACAGACAGAUGGAGGGGCGGAGGGAGAGAGGGAAGGGACGGUAGGGGAAGCAUGUAUAAAUGUGGAGGUAACAGAGGAGGAGGAGGCAUCACAUGAGGCGGAGGGGAUGAAAGAAGAAGAGGAGGGGAAGGAAGAUGAAGAGAUGCAACUGUCUACAGUGGAGGAGGAGGCAACUCACCCUCAACAAGCUGGGCGACUGGCAAAUGGCAUAGGUGGGAAUGAAGACGAUGAUGAAGCGGGCGAAGAGGACGAAGGCGGAGAUGAGGGGGAGACUCACACAUACUUGGACACUUUCAGCUCUAACUUUGAGACUACUGUAGAACAGGCCGACACAGAGGUGGAGGAGGAGGAGGAGGAGGAGGAAGAGGUCCAGAAAGAGGGAGAUGGGAGAGAAAACCAGGACAGUUUCAGCUCGGUGUUUGAGCAGAUUGUUGAGCAGGUGGAUGUUCAGGAGGAGGAAGAGGAUGAGGAGGAGGAGAGGGAGUUGGAGGAGGAGAGGGACAAGGGUAGGGUGGACAACAAAGACGGCUUCAGCUCCACCUUCGAACGCAUCGUAGAGUCUGCCCUGCUGAGGGGUGGGACCUGCUACAGCAGCCUGGACUCUCUGGACGUCCUGUCGCUCACAGAUGAGACGGACAGCUGCGUCAGCUUUGAGGCGCCACUUACGCCGCUCAUCCAACAGAGGGCACUGUUACAGGGUCCUGAACCUCUGGAGCUGGAACUGGCAACUGUUCAGGAGCAAGAAGGGGCUGAGGCUGGACCAGACUCCCCAGGUGAUCUCACAACUGGGGAGAGCGCUGUCCAUGGAGCUGCAGCUGUGGGUGGAAGCCCACUGAGGACCACCAUACCAGGGAGCAGGUCAGAGUUUGUGCUGAGCCAGCCCGGACGCUGGGCCAUCCCGAAUGGAUACCACACAGACUCCCAGGGAGCCAUAGAGGGUUGUGGAGCCAUGAUCAACUCUGUCAGUGAUGCCAACCUCACAGACGUGCUGUCUGACUCAGAGGAGUGUGAUUUGGGCAGUCUGGAGCGUUUGGAGCGCGGCAGCACAGACACUCUGGCCAAUGGCUGCCGAGUCGACUGUGAGGCCGCCAAGAGGCUGGCCAAGCGCCUCUAUCACCUCGAGGGCUUCAAGCGCUGUGAUGUGGCCAGACACCUGGGCAAGAAUAACGAGUUCAGCCAGUUGGUGGCAUCGGAGUACCUGAGCUUCUUUGAUUUCUCCGGCCUGUCGCUGGAUCGAGCCCUGAGGAACUUCUUAAAGGCCUUUCCACUGAUGGGAGAGACUCAGGAGAGAGAGAGGGUCCUUGUACAUUUCUCCAGACGCUUCUGCCACUGCAACCCACAAACACUCACCUCUGAAGGUCAGAGCUACGAGGGUGAUGAUGGGGAUGACACUGAUGAUGGAGCCCACACAUUAACCUGCGCCCUUAUGCUGCUCAACACCGAUCUACACGGACAUAACAUUGGGAAGAAGAUGUCCUGCCAACAGUUUAUCAGUAAUCUAGACGGCCUCAACAAUGGCAAAGACUUCCCUAAAGACUUAUUAAAGGUCUUGUACAACUCCAUCAAGAAUGAGAAGCUGGAGUGGGCAGUUGAGGAGGAGGAGCUGAGGAAGAGUCUGUCAGAGCUGGUGGAGGAGCAAUGUGAGGGCGGGAGUAAGCGUGUUGCCAGGGUAACGGAUGGCAGUAACCCUUUCAUUGCCAUUCCCAUUCUCUUAAAUGCCGUCACCUACAAACACGGAGUGUUGACCCGCAAGAGCCACGCUGACAUGGACGGCAAACGCACCCCGAGGGGUCGUCGUGGUUGGAAGAAGUUCUAUGCGGUCCUGAAGGGGAUGAUCUUAUAUCUCCAGAAGGAUGAGUACAAGCCUGACGCUGACAUUUCAGAGGUGGACCUGAAGAACGCAGUGCGGAUCCACCACGCUUUAGCCACUCGUGCCACUGACUACAGCAAGAGAGCCAAUGUACUGAAGCUCAAAACCUCAGACUGGAGAGUCUUUCUGCUGCACGCGCCUAGCGAGGAGGAGAUGAUGUCUUGGAUCUUUCGGAUAAACCUGGUGGCAGCGCUGUUCUCCGCUCCGGCCUUCCCUGCCGCCAUCGGCUCCAUGAAGAAAUUCUGUCGGCCCAUCCUGCCGUCUUCAUCCACCAGGCUCAAACAGGAGGAGCAGCUGCUGAGUCACGAGAGCAAGCUGAAGCAGAUGAGCCUGGAGCUGGAGGAGCACCGGAAAAACUCGCCCUCAGCCGACCCUAAAAGCCGCGAGUGGGAGGAGUACCGGCUCAAAGAGCACUACCUCACGUACGAGAAGACUCGGUAUGAGACGUACAUCAACCUCCUGCAGGCCAAAAUCCGUGCAGAGACGGACGACCUUGAGAAGAUCGAGGCCAGCGUGAUGGGUGGCCUGAUCAUGGAGGGCGGCCUGGUCGGCCGGGAGUGCCACCUCCGCAAGACGCAGUCCUCUCCAUCCAUCAGUCAGGCUCAAGGCGGGCUGAACGGGAGGGCCACUGGAUGCACUGCCCCAGGACAGAGGAGCUGAGGGGAGGCAGGAGGACCGGUGACCACAGCCCACAAAACAACAUCCCUCCAAGCCAAACCAGCUGAAUCCUCCAACCUCUGACUGGGUUUUUCUGUUAGAAUUUUGUGUUUUGGGCUCCUCCGUUCCUCCUGUUGUACUUACAAUAUGAAGGUCGGUAGCAACAGGAGAAAUGACUGUCACUAUCGUUCCCAGACUUUAUCGACCCUGAUGAUAAGUUUCUUUCCUUGAGCAAUAGAUGAAGAAGAUGAAGACCCAACAAGUGACCCUGCCAAACCUCAGUCCUUUGAACUUUUAUUAUUGCACAUUAAAAUGAUCAUAACUGUGAUCACUAUUUAUAACAACAUCAUCAGUAUUAUUUUGAAAUUACACUCAGAGCAAUGCAGUUGUCUGUAGUGGACAUGUGUUUUUAGUUACGAGCAGAGCUUUGAGUAAUUUAUAAAGUAUCAGUUUAAGGACAGAAAGAGGACAAACAGUGAGAGACAGACUGGUUUGCCUUUGUCCUCUCUGUCCUGUCUUCGUCCUGCAGUCCAGGAGUCAGGCAGUGAUUCAGAUGGAGAUGGUACUACUGUAGCAUUUUGGCCUUUUAUUUCGUGUUUACACACCCAGCCGCUCACAGGCGUGUGUAUGGACCUACAGUGAUGGUGGACAGUGGUGUGUGAAGAUACAACAUAUCUGUCCCAGAGUUACAAAAAACUCUCAGAGGAACUUCUCAGAAGGAUCAAGUUCCUGCCAUGUAUAGCAUAUUUAUUUAUUUAUUUAAUUCUCCAAACCUUUAUUCACCCCAGGAAGGGUUUACACUGAGCAUGCUCGCUCUUUUUCCGUCUCGACAUUCAUACAGUUAACAUUUGUAAGUGUAAAGGAGCUGCCAAAAGGAACAACUGUGGUUUUAACUGUUCACUAAGCUGCUCCACCAGAGGAACUGGAGGUUGAGUGCCUUAUCCAAGGGCACCUUGACACUAGAUGUUGAGGGAUUUAGAGAGUGUUAGUCAGUCACUUGUCAGAGAGAUCACAAGUCUGUGUCUGUGAUUUUUAAGCUGCCGCUACCCCAAAUACUGACGCAUAUUCAAUUAUUCUGUUUGCUUUUCUAACAAAUGAAAUCUGAACUGAAGAGGAGAGCGUUAUGUGACUGAAUGAAAGCACUGUGCCAUGUUCUGUUUUAUCCCUCAAACUCUUCUUAUAUCACAACAGCGUGCACUGAGCUGAUAUAUGUAACAAUAUAUGGUUGGGUGUGAGGUUUCUUAAGUUAGAUGUGAAGGGCAGAACAGGAAGUAGUGGGUGAGAGGCAUACCGUAUGAGUGGGUCAGCUGGUGUAUGUGUGUGUGUGUGUGCGCGCACAUACAUGUGUCUGUGUGUGUGUGCAUCGGCAUGCUCUUUUUAAGCGGUUCCAGUUGAGAUGUUGAAGCAGUAGGCAACAGGAAGAAGUAAAUAUAGCAGGGUCAAGUUUUUCUAUGAAGAAUUUAUAAAGCAUGUUUGGUGAGAAUCAAUCCAACGGCCUUCUGCUGAAUAAGACCGCCAUCACAAUGAGGCCUGGAUCUCUCAAAAGCAUCUUCAGCUCGGAGGCAGACAUCAUCUUUGUGACAAAAUAUGUACCUCAUCUCUUAAAGGGGACCUAUGAUGCUUUUCUUUAUUUUCUGGCAUAUAUGAAAUGUUAUGAUUAAGCAUGUUCAUAUCAAGCGUGGCCAAGGUUUCAAAUAAUGAGGUAACCACAUGUAAAAGUAACCCCUGUGAGCAAAGACGUCAGGCCAUGCACUAUUCUUAAUACUCUCUGAAUACUCUGAAUAGUGUUUAUAUUACAGAGCCAUUACUGUUACAUGUAGCUACGCGCUAACAUAAAUUUAAUGUUAAUUUCUCUCCAAUUUCGGAUCAUAUUCUUGGUGGAACAUGUCUGACUGUGAACAUUUUGUUUUAGAAGCUUUUGGUAGUGAUAAAACUGUGGCUUUACUAGAGAUGCACCGAUCCAGCUUUUUCAGUUUCGAUACCUAUCCCGAUGCUGUGGCUUUGAGUGUCAGCUGAUACCCGAUACCGAUCCGAUACUAUGGUUGACCUAAAAAGCUAUGUACCUUUACAUGUAGAACAGAAAAGACUAGAGGCAUCAGGCAUUGAUGACUACACAGUUCUUUCCUAAGAUAAAAUGAAACAAGAUGAAACAGAUUAAUUCAAUGAUGAACUAUUUAUUUUUAACAAAAUAAACAAUUGUGCAACAGCAGUUGAAAUAGUGUGAAAUACCUUCACAUAUCAGAUUCUCUCCUGUGCUCCAUGACGUAUGACGUAGCUUGCGUCGCAAUAGAUUUAAAGGGAAAGGAUUGCCUCAGGUAUAGGUUUCAUUUUCCGAGACCCGAUCCAUCUAUUUUAAUGAUAUCAGGGCCGAUAUUUGAUCCAGAUAUCAGAUCGGUGAAUCCCUAGGCUUUACUGUGUUAGAGUCGCUCCCUGGCUGCAAGUACACUGCUACCAAAAGGCAACCUGCCAAAAAGUUCCUCAAAUGGCCACUUGAGGCUGGCUCCAGAAGCGAGUGAAUCCCCAUAGACCUCGUGUUAAAAUGCCCAACUUUACAGCAGAAAUAAAGUGACAGGCACAGCCUGGUUCUAAAACAGAUUUGGUCUCGAUAGCUAAUUCCAACAUUCAAGACACUGAAUUUUUUUUUUUUUAAAUUAAGGCUCAAAGUUAAACAUUCAAGGGUGGGGCCAUUUGAGUGACAGGCUGCCUGUGAGGCGUUGCUGCUGUCCAGGAGUCAGAUCCACCCCUUGCUCAAACAUGGUCACUUCUGGGUCCAAAAAAAAAAAAGAUAGGGACGGCCAAAAUGCCAAACUCGAGGCUUCAAAAUUGGAGGUGACGUCAUGGUAGCUAUGGCUAUUUUUUUUGCACGGUCUUUGACUGUCGUAUGUGGCUAUAUGCUAUUGUCAGGGAAACAUGCAGUCCUGGUUGUGAGUUUGCCAUUUUCUCCCAAAUUUUUAAUCAUGUUCCCGCUGGAAAAUGUCUGGUUGUAAAGACUUUGGUUAUUAGGUGAUUUCUCACAGUAGAAAGUGCAGCUAUACUUCGUAACAGUCAUUCUCAGAUUGCAUUGACAGUGCAGAGAUUCCAAGAUGGAGAAGACCCGGACACACUGACGAAUCAGAGCAGACUGGGCUUUUUUGGGAGGGGGCUUAAAGAGACAGGGUGAAUACAUUUAUAUUCAAUCAGACAGUAUUUUGGAACGUUAAAGCAUGUAAACAUGUUCCAAUACAAACCCACAAAACAUCAUUGAAACAGAAAAUAAGCAUCACAGGUCCCCUUUAAAACAGAAAAUCUAACCAAUCUUAUGUUCUGAUUGCUAACAUGGACCUUUCACAGCUUGCUUGGCCUCGUAUUGGACAUUUACUCAUACUGAUGUAUUCUUUCCACUGCCAUUCUUCUUAACAGUUGAACAUGUUUUUGGGGAAACAGGCCUUGGCCUAUCUUAGACAGAGACUGGCUGAUUGGAGAGUGUAGCAGCAGGACUGCUCCAGCUUAACAUGUUAAAUCAAGAAACCUGUCAGCGUACUGGAAUGAGCAGCAAAACAACUCCACCAGCAGAGUAGCCAUCAAAACAUCCUCCACGUGGAGGAUGACGAGGAGAAAAGACUUGUUUUCUAAGAAGACUGGUUUGGUUUUCUGAGUAUGACUGACUCUGCCAGCUAAGAACAGCCAGAACAGACGUCCAGCACAUGUUUUUCCAAACAGAGGAACACAACAUAUUACGACUGUUUCUUAUGGAAGGAGGACUUGUGUAAUCUGAGGAAGUGUGGAAGUGGUGGUAGGUGUGGCAGUACUGCUGUUUGUGAGCACCUUAAUAGAUCCCAACCCGCCCAUACACACACACACACACACACACACACACACACACACACACACACCCCUUUUCUCUUUCUCCGUAAUUUGCUUAUGACACAACUGUAGAUCAGUGAGCUUAGUGCGCCCUCACUCAGCCUCAGUGUGGCACAGAAGCAUGUUGAUAUAGCCAGAGCUGUGGAUAUCGACAGUAUGAUCAGUCUUUGGCUCUGGACACAGCGCUUCUGUUGCUUCGUAUAUCAUAUUAAUAGUGACUGAUAGGAUCUGAGAUCCUUUUGGGACUUGGCUGGAAACCUGGAAUCACAGCUGGAAUCCUGGAGCCGGAUCCUUGUACAGACCAAAACGCUGAAGUGGAGCUGAGUUUUCAGAGAGGAAGUACCAUUUUAUAAAGCUGUAUUGUUAGGAUAAAUAACUGCUUUCUUACAGGGAGACUUCCCCUUAUAGUCACUUUGGCUGUUGUGCUAACCAUUGUUUCCCGAUGUUCUAGGGUAGGCCUGUGCUGUAAUAUAGGAUUGUGACAAAAAAAAAAAUUUGUUGAUUGUUAUGUUUUAUUUAAAAAAAAAAAACAAAAAAAGAAAAGACAACUUGGGCACUUUGAUGUCAGCAUUGGAUCUGUCUUUUUGUUUGUUUUGUUUGUAUAUCUGAACUGUUCUUUGACAGGAUGCUUAUACUAUGUAAAGGACAUAUUUACUGAAUAUUUAGUCUGUGCUUCAUAAAGUAAGCUUUUAUACA